AUGUCUCAACCAGACUUUGAUACCAACCCACAGCCAAAACCGCAGCUGAAGCUGCAGACGGAAGAGGGAGGCUCCCCGUCUUCUAUGGCCGCAGCACGCACCGUCGAACGGUCAUCAGCGCCAGCGUCUCGACCCUCGUCUCUGCCAGCGCUGGACUUUACCAAGCCGCUGCACUUGCUCUGGAAAAGCUCGCACCCAUAUCAAUCCCACCCACGACCGGACCCUCCACACUCACCCGCAGAACCGCUCUCGCCGCCGCCUCCCUACCCCGACCCUGUCUCCUCUGCCUCCCGCGCCUCCGCCUCCGCUGCUGUUCCCUGUUCCCUGCCCCGUCCCGACACCACUGCCCCCUCUAGUCCCCCUGCCGAUCCCGAUCCCCCCUCGGCUCGCAGCGGCGGUGUCAUCCUCCCUGCCCUCAGGAGGUGGCACGCCAAACUGCGGGCUGUCUGGGGCGGGUUUGGCCAGAAACUGGGCAGAAAGGAGGGGAGCGGGGACAGGGCAAGGGACCAGGUUGACUGGUGAGCUUGUGCUAGGGCCGAUCGAUGAUAUAGGAGGAUGCUCAGCUGUGCAUGUAUGCCGGGUGCGGUCCCGGAUACACCGAGGAUUGCGGUGGAAGCACUCGGUUAUGGGCUGGGAGAUUGGGGGGUGUGAGCGGAUACACCCGCAGGCGCUGAGCGGUCGUUGGGGUCUGUGGCAUGGGAUUGGCUAGGACGAGGACGGACGGACAGACGGUCGGACACCAGGUGCUUGGGUCCCUUCCUUGCACUCAUCUACUCACCCACUCACCCUCCUCCUCUCACCACACACUUGUGUGCGCCCGCACACACAACAUGGAGAGAAGUGUCUCUCUCUCACUCUCCCGCUCUGGUAAUGGUCUCUGCUGGGUCGGGAAUGGCAAUGGGAAUGAGCUCUUACGUUGGAAAUUGGAACGUGGAACACACAAAGGAAGGGCGGAGAUUGUGCUGGUUUUCUAACAUGGUUUGUUGGUGUGUGUGUCUUUCCGGCGGCUUGAAACCGCAGAUGUGACAGCGAGUGGGUUAACACUGUAUCUGUUUAUCUUUUCUUUUCUCUUUUUUACCCUCACUUUCCCCUUCGGUGCUCUCUCAUCGGCGCUUUCUCUCUUUUCGGUGACUUCUGUCAUGCCCCGGGGUUUUGGUUUGUGGUGUAAUACCGUUAGGCUAUAUCUCUCUCCUACCUGUCGAGGGCAGGUCUAGCGGUCUAACUACCACAGCUAGCCAGCUAGCUACGUGCGUUAGUUAAGUGAUAGCUAACCAAGCGUGGAUUCUGGUG